AUGAUUUCCACAUUAAUACCCGGAGAAACACUCUUGAGGACCUGGCUAGACAUCUCUGUGGCCUUGGAAAACAGUCCUGUUAGGUUGGUUCACUCGCUCGCGCCGGACGUGACUCUCAACACAGGCAGGAACCACAAACUCACACAAGGCAGAGGAGACAGUUUCAACGUUAACAAGAGGAUCAAACACACUCUUUCUCUCUCUUUCAGUGGCUGUGACCCGCGAGGAGAGGUCACGGGAGAUCACAGAAGAGGUCACACAAGAGGUCAAACAAGGUCAAACAGGUCACAGAAGACUGAAGGGAUACAAAGAAAACGUGAAUAGAAAAUGAGAGAAAGGAAGGACUGAAGAAAAUUUGAUGUAAACGAGAGAGAGAGAGAGAGAGAGAGAGAGAGAGAGAGAGAGAGAGAGAGAGAGAGAGAGAGAGAGAGAGACAGU